AUGAAAACUGAAAAGGAUAAAAAAGACAAAGAACAUAAUAAAAAUAUGGGAGUAGACGGAAUAAUUAUUUUGGAUAUUGGAGGUAUUAAACAUUCCACUUAUUAUCGUACAAGUGAAUGUUUAUGUGAUCCAUUAAUGGUAACUUUACAUCACCAACAUAAUAAUCGUGAUGAAUAG